UUGCUUGUCACUGAGGCAUCAGGAGUAAGGCAACAUGGAGCUUCCGCAGCGAAGAACAAGAGGGGCGAGUGCCUAGGAAAACAAACGAAGGAACGAAGAACGCGCAGAAGGAACGUAAAGGGGAACAGAGCCAGAGGAGGAACGUGGUUGCACUUUCUUAUAAUUCCGCAGUAUCGGAUUUGAAUUCCUUGUGGAUUAUUCGGGGGGUCUGCAGACGUGGCCGAUUCAAGGUACCCCGCCCCCUACACCCACCUUUCCCCUACUCGCUUCCCCAGUCCAUGCAACAGAAAAUAUCAAGGCUCCGAAAGUAAAAGAGCCUGUAUUUGGCCCGAAUUUUCGGUUUAAGUCGGUUACCUCUUUACGUUUCCCACCACCUCCUUGGCGGAAUUCCACCUCAACGCGACUUGAGAAGAGUCGCUAUUCACCUGGGCAUCCAAGGAGAUGUGUUUCAUUAAUACGCAUGUCUACCGAGGCAUUUCUACAGAUCAACAAUGGUGAUGCACAUCUCGGAAUGUCUCGAGUCGUGUGUGGAAGCAGGUCUGACAAAAAUGGAGUUUAGUGAUAAUAAAGUUCAAGCUUCUUAAGACGUCUGAAGAUAUAACUGAAGCAAACACACACACACACGCACGCACACUUCCGGACAAGAAAAAAGUGGAUGCGCAGCCUGUCUCCGACCUGCAUUCCCUCUGUCCGCCGUACAUCGGCAGUGAUUCGGCUCAACUCGGCUCGGUUCGGCUGAUUUCGACAGGCUCCGUCUUAGGCACGGCACCGCAGGAUGCAGCGACCGUCGAAUAAAGCAUUUUAAGAAAGCCAGCCUUUAAAACACCAAGAACUCGCAGCCGUGUAUUUUUAUCUUUUAACGUACACGAAAAAGACUGCAUGAUAUACAUACGUGUUUACACGAAAAUGGCAUAAUAUGUAUAUCGCUCCACGUAUGAAUUUCUUGAUUCACCGCGGCGAAGAGUGGAUGGAGCUGCUGGAAAAAGAUCUUGGAAUAAUUUUAACUGUGUAAAUAUUCGGAGCUGUCUAGUUUUGAAUCUGCAAAUACAAGUGAUUUGAGGGAAAGGAGGAAACUGAUCUUGAAAAACAAUAAUUAAAUAAAGGAACUAUUUUUUUCGCGCCGAUGGAUUGUGCUUGAAGGUCACGAUUUCCAAGACCUGGCGAAUGGAGGAAGACCGAUCAUCCUUUUCAGUUAAAGAUGACUUUAAUUGCUAGCUGAUAUCCAACUGAAAUUACUUUCUUUUUGCUCUCGGAGACACCUGUUCGGCAGUCUGGACUUUAAUUAUACCUAUCAAUUUCGUUUUGGAUGGCAUUAUUGAAUUCAUCUGAAGCUGCUCUUCUUUCUUAAAAUCACGUUUCGUAUUUCAUUUUUUUUGCAUAGGACACCCGUUAUCUGAAUACAGUGCCUGAAGAGAUUCGAUUUAGAUAUCAGUGUUCAUUUUUAGACGGUGGCUAUUAUUUCAUUAAUUGUUUUCUCUCUCUCUCUCUCUCUCUCUCCCUCGUGCGCGCGCUCUAUCUCUCUCUCUCCCUCUCCCUCUCUCGCGCUCUCCCUCUCUCUCGUAUUCCUACCGCUAUGAUGGCGAGGCUGCAUUUUGUGAUUUCUUAGCACAGAUCGAUUCUAAUUAGAAGUUCUUGAUCACAUCAUUGAAAUUUGUGUUGUUUGAUGUGCCCCCCCCCGCCCCCAAAUAGAUAGGUUAUGAAUAUUAGAGAAUGAAGUUCUGUGAGACAGCAGGCUGUUGAAUCAUUUCUUCCGUUUCUGGAUUUGAAGUUGAUUUUUUUAUUCAUCCCUGAAAGUUUAUUAUUAUUAUUAUUAUUAUUAUUAUUAUUACCACCGGGUGGGGAUGGAACAAGGAGGCGGGAUAUCAGUCGGAUCUGAUCUCAAAAGGCACCACCCCCCCUCUGCCUUUGCUGCUGCUGCUGCUGCUUCUGCUGCUGAGACACAAAAUGUAACUUACAAUUGCUCUGCCUCUCUAACUCUUUGCUGUUCAAACCAGUGAGGGGACAUGAAGAAAUGGAAAUGUCUCUUGCCACGGUAACCGGUGUCCGGAAAGAAGCCUGUUCCUUCUCCACACCUUCCUGCUUGAGGUGUCUCCUCCUCUUCCUGUUCGUUGUCUUGUUGCCGUGGCGAGAUGUGAGUGGGGCUUCGCCAUGUCCCUCCCCUUGCAGCUGUUCCAACCAGGCAAGUCGUGUGAUUUGCACCCGCCGAGAUCUACAGGAAGUGCCUGAGAGUAUCUCUGUCAACACACGGUACUUGAACCUACAGGAGAAUGCUAUACAGGUAAUUCGGACAGAUACCUUCAAACACUUGCGGCACUUGGAGAUUCUGCAACUGUCAAAGAACAUGAUCCGAACUAUUGAAGUAGGUGCAUUCAAUGGCCUGCCCAAUCUCAACACCCUUGAACUCUUUGACAAUAAACUAACACUGGUGCCCACGCAUGCAUUUGAAUAUCUGUCCAAGCUGCGGGAAUUAUGGCUGAGAAACAAUCCCAUUGAAAGCAUCCCAUCGUACGCUUUCAACCGCGUGCCAUCACUGCGGCGUCUGGACCUGGGCGAGCUUAAGAAGCUGGAGUAUAUUUCAGAAGCUGCCUUUGAUGGUCUACUCAAUCUACGAUAUCUGAACCUUGGCAUGUGUGGACUUAAGGACAUUCCCAACCUCACACCUCUUGGGAAACUUGAAGAGCUGGAAUUAUCUGGGAAUCGGCUAGAAAUUAUUCGUCCUGGAUCCUUUCAGGGGCUUAUGUCACUGCGCAAACUCUGGCUGAUGCAUGCACAGGUAUCAGUCAUAGAACGAAAUGCCUUUGAUGAUCUCAAAAACCUGGAGGAACUGAACCUUUCCCACAACAACUUGCACUCUCUUCCCCACGAUCUAUUCACACCACUUCACCGCCUGGAAAGGGUGCAUCUCAACCAUAACCCUUGGAUCUGCAAUUGUGAUGUGCUGUGGCUUAGCUGGUGGCUGAAGGAGACCGUGCCAAGUAAUACUACCUGUUGUGCCCGUUGCCACGCCCCUCCGCUUUUGAAAGGAAGAUACAUUGGUGAAUUGGACCAGAGUCACUUUACUUGCUAUGCCCCAGUGAUUGUCGAACCACCUACAGACCUGAAUGUAACCGAGGGCAUGGCAGCAGAAUUAAAAUGUCGAACGGGAACAACAAUGACAUCUGUAAACUGGUUGACCCCGAAUGGGACCCUGAUGACUCAUGGGUCAUAUCGAGUGAGAAUCUCUGUGCUGCAUGAUGGGACUCUUAACUUCACCAACGUGACAGUGCAGGACGCAGGCCAGUACACUUGCAUGGUGACCAACUCAGCAGGCAACACAACUGCCUCAGCUGUGCUAAAUGUUUCAGCUGCUGAUUCUGGCAGUAGUUUUAGUUACUUCACCACAGUCACUGUUGAGACAGUGGAGUCAAAUGCGAGGGAGGAUGCUGUACGACAGAACACAAACGAGUCUACUGUACGAUUUAGUAUAUCCACCCCCUCUGAGAGCUGGGAAGGCUGGGUUUCAACUUCUACAACAACCACAUCACCCCACUCUACACGAUCGAAUGAACGGGCUUUCACUGUGCCCAUAACAGUAGUGACAGAGAGUGUACCAGGCUUGGAUGAUGUGAUGAAAACCACCAAGAUCAUUAUUGGCUGUUUUGUGGCCAUCACUUUUAUGGCAGCUGUGAUGCUGGUGGUCUUUUACAAACUGCGAAAGCAGCACCAGUUACAUAAGCAUCAUGGGCCUGCACGAGCCAUUGAGAUUGUCAAUGUGGAGGAUGAGCUUACAGGAGGUGCGACUGCUGGAGGAGGCAGUGUUGGGGGCAUUUCUGGGGGCACAGGACUCUUACACGGAAGCGGCGGCACCCUCAGACUUCAGUCUUCACAUUCCCAAGAGGGCAAUGUGAUGACAUUGCCUUCCAUUGCACGUUCUGAUCACCUCAAUCACUACUACAAGGCCCAUUUUAACAAUAACAUCCUCUCUAGUCGCAGCAGUGCUCUCUCAGGGGGCUUGACCUCAAACCUGCUGUCAUCAUCUUCAGCCAAUACCAAUCCACUCACCUCCCCUUCCCUCAUCCUCCAGGGACCGAAGAACAACUCAGUGACAUUGAACUCCGUUCAUGAGCCCUUGCUCUUCAAGAGCAGCUCCAAGGAGAAUGUCCAGGAAACUCAAAUUUAGCUGCUGCUGGGAUGUAGAUUGAUUAAAAAAGGGAGGGAGAGAGUGAUUUGGGAAUGGUGCAUGUACAGGAGCUGGGGUAGGAACUGAGACAGAACAGCAGUGGGAAGAAUAUCAAGAGUAUUUGGCAUCCUGAGGCAAUCAAGAAAGCUUUCACUAGACGCACACAUGCUUUCCACACACUCCCACGCUCCACCGUGGUGCAACUAAACCCUUACCGUUUUGAUAGAGUCAUUGGUGGGGUGAUAGGCAUUUUCUUAAGAGUGAGAGGUUAGUAAUGCUAAAGGCCCACAGUGAAGAAGAAGAGAGAGGUACACCUACAUGAACCAAGCCAAAAUUGCCUUGUUUCCUGGGGAAGCAUCCCCUUGUUUUAUUAUGUGUUUACUGGUAAGAUUUCAGUUGGACGGUAAGAUGGGAAAGAACAAAUAAUGCUGGGUUAGUCUUAUGAAUUCUGCUCUUUAUUAUUGAUGCCCUGUACAUCCUCUGAAUUUAGCUUAGGGGUCUUUUGGUAAAUUCAUGUCUUGUUAGUUAGUACAGGUUUUGACCUCUUCUGGGAAAUAUGGCAUCAAGAACUCAGGAGAGAUUGACACAUGCUUGUAAUGCAGAGUUCAAAGAUCUUGUCCCAAGAACCAUAAUUUAGCAAUGGUCCAUCACUCCCUCAUGCUCCUUCCCUCUUGCCUCCCGUUUUUGCAUAUGUAGGAGCUUUUCUGCUCUUGCCCUCCUAUACAUAUUCUUGUAGUUCACGUUUUACAUACCAUGCCAGAUGCUUGAGAAAAUGUAGCCCUGAGAUGACAUGGGAUGAAAGGGGAUUGGUGGACUGGUAAAGUGCAAUAUGGUGAUAUGUUUCUGUCUUACUGUCCUUUUGGCCUUGGAGUUUGUCAAUCAGGUGCCGCUGAUCCUAUGAAAACUCUGCUGUAGUGGCGACUUGUUUUCUGGGACACAUUGACAAUGGUUCGGGAAGAACAAGGGCCGCCGCAUAAGACUCUGUAUCAGUCUGAACAUCGGCUGUUGUAGGCACACAACAACCUGAGAGCAAAUUUCAUCACAAAGGUACAAAAGAGUAAAGAGAACUUACAAAAAAACAAAAUGUAAUGGAAGGUGAAGUAAAUUGCGCCAGUGUUAACUUCAGUUGUGCCAAGACAUUAUUAUAUUCAUUAUUUUAAAAUUUUUACUUUUGGAAAAAUGAAGAUGUGCACAAAAUAUUAAAUAUAGCUGAUUUCUUGUGAAUUUUGGGAACAGCAAAAAAAAAAAAAAAAAAAA